UUGUUGGCGAGGAGACUUUUAGAGUGUGUAGUGAAGUGAUAGAUGAGGUUAUUAACGUUACCAAUGAUGAAAUUUGUGCUGCUAUUAAGGAUAUUUUUGAAGAUACCAGAUCUAUUGUUGAACCAGCUGGUGCACUUUCUGUAGCAGGUGUUAAAAAAUAUGUUGCUGAAAAUAACGUUACAGAUGGUUGCUUUGUUGUUGUUACAUCAGGUGCAAAUAUGAAUUUUGAACGUUUAAGAUUUGUUGCUGAACGUGCUAAAUUGGGUGAACGUAGUGAAGCAUUGUUUUCGGUGAUUAUACCUGAACGUCCUGGAAG